CAGCGAAGCGGAGUCAAAUAAUGUGUUUUAUCCUCUGAAGCCGACAUAGCGGCGGUCUGUCUCCUCCUAGACACGGAAACCGUUAUCUCAAACAAACGAACGACGGGCCGGACUCGCCUGACAUCAUUUACCCGGAUUUAAAAGGGAUUCCUUGAAUCGAAACUCGCCUCCCCUUAUUUCGGAUGCUAUUGCAUCUAUUCUAGAACGGCCGCUGCGUUCCCAUCCAGAAUGCACAAUGUCCUUAUUCUCCAGGCCCAAGCCGGAGAGAUACCAAUAGAAUGACUCCUUGAAUUUCCAUCUCGUUUUUCUUUUUUUCUUUUUUUACGCCCCAAGCUACCUCCUCUUUGUAUCGCUCGCUUCCCUCCCUCUCCCCCCCUCCGGAGGCCACUGCACGGAUUCUGCUAUGGUGGAUUCGACUGCGAUGAGGAAGACGUUCACGGUGCCGGAGAUCAAGCCUUUGGACCAGUACGAUUUCAACCGAGCCAAAAUAUGCGCUAGCUUAGGGUGGCUUUUGGCUAAAUCCUACGGCGCUGCAGAGAAUGUUCCGGUUGAUCUGCAAGAGCCCUUCUACCGGGACCAGUAUGACCAGGAGCACAUCAAGCCUCCCGUCACACGCCUCCUGCUGUCCUCCGAGCUCUACUGCCGAGCCUAUGGCCUGCUGCUGGGGGCCGGGAGCCCCGCCCCGCCCGAAGGGCCCCCCCGGGACGGCCCCACCCUGCUGCGUCUCCUCGCCAAGAGGGGCGCCCCCCCGAAGGACAGAGACACCCCGGUGACAGAGGCAGACCUCCGGCACAAACCCAUACGGAUGAGUGCCCACUUGGCGGUGAUGGACGCGCUGAUGUCGGCGGUCGCCAUGGAGACGGUUGGCAUGGUGAAGAUGCCGAGCGGGGUGGAGCAGCUGAGCGGCGGGCCCGUCUGGGAGAACGCCGUGCUCUACUGGAUCAACAGGUUGAAUCAGAAGCUGAGAGAGAACACAGAAGGAGAUCCUCCACAGACAUCUCCGCCCAGUACAGACCUGCAGACUGUUCAGCCCUCUUGCCCCACCCGGUGGUACUGGAAACUGGUUCCUCAUGCCAUCGCUUUUUGUUUGAAGGAGUCGGGGAAUAAGCCGCCUGUGAUCCGCUACAGGAAGGACAAGCUGCUGCCCAAGCAGACGCCCACCUUCCCAUUGGUCACCGGGGUCAAGGACCUGUCCAAUGGCUGUGCUGUCGCCGCGGUGAUCCACUUCUACUGCCCCGACCUGCUGCGGCUCGAGGAUGUUUGCCUGAAGGACACCAUGUCGGUAGCAGACAGUCUGUACAACCUGCUGCUGAUCCGAGAUUUCUGCGAGAGCUGCCUGAAGAUCUGCUGCCCCCUGCUGUUGGAGGACCUACUCUACACCCCACCAGGACUGCGGGUGAACAUCCUGGGCUUCAUGGCGGAGCUGCUGGACUGGUUUGAGGUGCGCAAGCCGGACUUUGUCCGACCAAGAGAGACACUGGACCUGGCAGACGUCUCCGCUCUGCCCGACUGCACAACCCCCACCAGCGGGAACAGCAACAGUGCCUCCCCCUCCUUCAUCUUCAAGCAGCCCUUCCUCCCAAUUUCCUCACCGGUGUCACCAGGGGGCAAAGGGUUGUUGACUCGGUCUACCUCACUGUCUCCCGUAGAGGGUGUGGGGAGAGCGUGGAGCAGGAAACAGAUCAGUCGCCCUCUGUCGGCUGUGUCCUUCAGUAUUCCCUUUGGUCUGGACAGUGAUGUGGACAUCGUGAUGGGGAACCCGGUCAUGACCCGCUCAGCCAGCUCCGACAGCCUGCAUCCCGCCAUCCCGGCCAUGACCCGGGCCCCCUACACCCCGCCCGAGGACCUCAGCCACCUGCUCAGCAAGGCCCCCGAGGGCCGCGGCCCCCAGAACGGGCCCCUGGCCCCCCACAGGGCGUCCUGGGGCGCGCAGACCAAUGGCGUGGCGGUGGGGGAGGACCUGCCCACCAUCGAGGAGGCCCUGCAGAUCAUCCACAGCGAGGGCAAGCUGGAGCCCCGCCUCCUACCCGAGGGCGCGGCCGACGGCUUCUUCCUGCACGACGACCCCGCCCUGGCCCGCCUCUGCAGCUCCGCCCCCUCGCGCUCUGGCAUGCUGUACCGCCCGGCGGGCGCGGAGGGAGAGAGGGAGAGAGAGAGGGAGAGGGAGAGAGGGCCAGAGCCGGGGAGAUCGCACCGGCGUUCGCGCCGGACCUCCAACGGUUCCCGUGACGACGACUCGGUCCUGCGCGACGGCAGCGUGGACUCGGACGCCUCGGAGGAGCCGCCGAAGGCCCGCUCCACCCCGGCCACGCCCGCCCACGCGCCCAGCAACGGAGCCGCCGCCCCCGGCAACGCCGCCGCCGUCAGGAUGACCAGCUUCGCCGAGCGCAAGAAGAAGAUGGUUCCCGCGGAGACGCCCUCGUCCCCGGUCGCCGGGGGCGACGGCGCGGGGGACAGCCCGGGCCGGAGCCCCGCCCUCAGCACGGAGAUGUCGGAGCUGGGCGCCCGGCUGGAGGAGAAGCGGCGCGCCAUCGAGGCGCAGAAGAGGAGGAUCGAGGCCAUCUUCACCAAGCACCGGCAGCGGCUGGGCAAGAGCGCCCUGCUGCAGCUGAAGAGGCAGCAGCAGGGCGAGGGGGAGGACCCGCUCAGCGGCCUCUCGCUGGAGGAGCGGCUGGAGCGCAUGGAGAGGGAGGCCGAGGAGGCGGAGAAGGAGGAGGCCGGAGGCGCCGAAGAGCUCCCCCCGGUGGAGCAGCCGGGCAACUGCAAGCCGGCCCCGGCGCCGCGUCUGGACAAGCAGAAGGUGCCCCUGGGGGAGUACACGGUGGCGGUGUCGCGGCUGAACGAGGCGCUCAGCUCCCUGCAGAGCGACAUGCAGCGGCUGUCCCAGCAGCAGAGGCUGCUGAUAAGGCGCAAGACCGCCCCCGCCACCCAGGCCUGGGUCAUCCCGGCCGGGCCCAAAAGAGCCGCCGCCCCGGCCGUGGCCGGCUCCGCCCCUUCGCCGCGCAUCCCCCGCGAGUUCACCGCCUCCUCGUCCUCUCCGUCCCCGUCCCGCAGGGCCCCCGCCACGGCCACGCCCCCCAAGUCCCCGCAGACGUCCCAGCACCGACGGGCCCAGUCCGUGCCCCCGAAAAGCCCCAAGCACCACUCCCGCCCCCUGGACCUGAAGUUCCCGCCGCUGGCGCGCGUCCUCACCCCGCCCCAGAACGUGGACACCCUGCCCCACCUGCGGCGGGCGUCGCCCAGCCGGUGCCAGGUGCAGACGGCCUCCUCCUUCAGCAUCGGCGGGCCCCGGAGCCCCCGCCCCCCCCUGCCCCUGCCCCGGCCGGCUGAGGACAGCUCCUCCGAAACGGGCUCCAGCGAGGACCCCGCCAUCUUCACCCUGGAGCUGGACUCCGUGGGGCCCCCUCCGCCCCCGCCGCGGCCCCCGGCCCGGAGGGACCCCGGCGGGGGCGGCAGCUCGGGGGCCCCCUCCGAGUGCUCGUUCGAGAGCGACGUCGCCGCGGCGACCUCGUGCUACGGCGGCGGGAAGCGCGGCAGCCUGAUGGAGGCGUCCCUCGCCUCGCUGCGGGCGGAGGGGCCCGCCGACGGGGACGACGAGGGGCCCGAGAACUUCUCCGACUCCAUGAGCGACCAAACGGACCCCGAGGCCCGUGGCGGGGUGGGCUUCUUCUUCGCGGAUGAGACACGGCUGGAGGAUGAGAUGGCUCAACGCAGGGCUGCUCUGUUGGAGAAACAGCAGAAGAGGGCGGAGGAGAUAAAGAAACGCAGAGAGCAAGAGAGAGAGGCCAGGCCCCCCUCCUCCACAGAGGAGCUGCGGGCUCCCUGGGCGGAGGACCGUCCGCGGCUCCCCUGCACGCCGCCCCAGGAGGGCACGCCCCAGCGGCGGGGGGAGUUCACGCGGCGGGAGUAUGAGCGCCGGCAUCAGCUGAAGAUCAUGGAGGAGCUGGACAAGGUGCUGAGGCAGAAGCCCAGCAGCGCCCGGGGGAGGAAGCAGAGGCCCAAAACUGUCUUCCACGAUGACUCCGCCCUGUCCCGCAGCCCCGGCAAGGGCUUCAUGGGCUCAAAACUCAGCAAAGUGUACUCCCACUCGUCCCUCAACCUGUCCAGCAUGGCCAAUGACACCAGCAGCAACAAGAUCAACAAGUCACCCAGCCGGCCUCAGUCGCCCUCAAGGCUGAUGUCACCCAGCCGAUUGGCCAAUCAGAACGGAGAGAAAGACUGGGAGAACGCCUCCACAGCCUCCUCCCCUGCGUCCAUUCCGGAAUACACGGGGCCCAAACUCUACAAGGAGCCGAGUUUUAAGUCCAACAAGUUCAUCAUCCACAACGCCCUGUCCCGCUGCUGCCUGGCUGGGAAGGUCAACGAGCAGCAGAGGAGCAAGAUCGUGGAGGAGAUGGAGAAGUGCACCUCCAACCACUUCCUGAUCCUGUUCCGUGACUCCAGCUGCCAGUUCCGGGCGGUGUACACCAUGAACCCGGAGACGGGGGAGAUGGUGCGCCUGACGGGGAUCGGGCCGCGCGUGAUCAGCGCCGCCCUGGUGGAGUCCAUCUACAAGUACAGCUCCGACCGCAAGCAGUUCACCGCCAUCCCGUCCAAAACCAUGAGCAUGAGCGUGGACGCCUUCACCAUCCCCGGCCACCUGUGGCACAGCAAGCGGCCUGGCACCCCGAAAAAACCCAGCACCCCAAAAUAGCAGUCUGGGCACCCCCGUCUGCCUACUGUGGACUACAGGUCUUGUCUCAGUUUGGCCCGGGUAGAGUAGAGGACUCUGAACACUAUGGAAGUACCCGGGGGAGCUGCUAGGGGGCGCUAAAGGAGCAGCAUUUCUCCUCUUGGUCUCUCUCUCUCUGUCUCCAUCCCUUAUCCACGGAUGCUGGUGGCAGACUCAUUUCCUGUUCCACACACUGUCCGACUUCCUGUCUGCCCCGUCCCCCACCCCCGCAUACCCACAACGGAGAAGAAAAGAAAGAAAAAGAAAUUCAGUCUUCUCUCAGAGCCAUCUGGUGCCCUUGUGGGAAGCAUUACAUUUAAUUCUUUUGUAGAACGUCUGUUUCCUUACAUUUUACUGGAUAUAAGCAAAACAGGGCUUUUGGCCUGAUCUGUCAUCUCACCACACACACUCACACGCACACACACACCGACACACACACACACACACACACACGUGAAUGCCAAAACUCAUACAUAUGAACACAUGCACCCAUGCCCCUACACAACCUCACAUACAAAUACACUCGCACACACACACAA